UAUAUUUUGUUGAGUCUGUCCGUCGAAUCAAUUGAAUCCUCGCUAUUCCUUUACUGUAGGUGCGCGGUUAUCGUUAAUCAAAUCCCUUGAAUGCAACCCUGUUUGCUUGAAGAGCCGUCAAUUGUGUGAAUGUCAACAACGGUGUUUGAAGGCGAUGCUUUCAUGUGGGCCUGAGCGCACCGCGGAGUCGAGUGGAGAUUGCCACUCUUGGCAGUCGGGCCUGACUAAGCCGAUCCUCGUAUACAGAUGGCCACUCUCGACAUAACAUUCCACCACCAUCUCACUUUGUCUCGCAUGGAUGUCGUUCUGGGACAGAUAUCUCGCGCCAGGCGACGUACGCCACCAACGCCAACAUGAAGCCGCCGCCACCACGGCAACCGCUCAAACUCAAGCCCAGGCUUUAGCAGCAACUCUCCCUAUCAACCCUCGCCACCAAAGGGAACCUCGUAUAGAUGCCGCCCACCGCCAACGCCGACAAGACGGUCUCUUCUUUGGCGGCGUAGCCUUUACCUGCUUCUCCGCUCUGUUAACGCGACGAGCUCUGAUCAGACGACGUCUUCCCCACCCAGCAGCAUUCACACCCUCCAACGCUCCGCCAACUGGCCGCGCGGCAAAGGUCGAUGGCUCUUUCGAUGCUGUCGAAGCGUUGAGCUUGGCCACGUUGAACGUGUGUAGCAUUGCCAUGGUUGCGGCAGGAGCGAUGGCGAAACUGUUCGAUAUUGCGGAUCUUGAGGAUUUGCGGGACGGAGUAAGGAGGGGCGUAGGGUUCGAUGUUUAUGGUGGCGAGGCGGAGGCUGAUAAGGAGUUGGAGGAAUGGAUUGCGGGGGUGCUGAGUGGGAAGGAGGAGCUGGGAGGUGGUGGAGUUGGGAAUAUCCAAAGGAAGGUGGCAGAGAAGCUGAGGGAGCUAGAGGAGCAGGAGAAAAAGGGAAGAGAAGGAAAGAAGUGAUGAAGUUCGACGGAUGGCCAACACCCUCUCCGCUCCGCAAAGACCAGGUGCUCACUCGCCACCACUGCCGCCAUUCACAA